AUGAAGUUUCCGCAAGUACGGCGCCCAAGGACCUUUCGCUCCCUCCAACUCAACACCAAGGAGUCGAGAUGGAUCAACGAAGACAUCGCCCCGUGUCCUCCUGAGCAUCAAACCUUUACCAACCGCGCCUUCUUUGGCUACUGGGUUGCGGCGGGUCUGAACACGACAGCAUGGGCCUUGGGCUCGAGUAAUCUGGCCAACGGCCUGGACAUCGGCGGCGCUCUAGGAGGCAUCUUCGUCGGCGGCGUCCUCGCCGGUCUUGUGGCCUUCCUCUGCGGCGAGCCAGGCGUCCGAUAUCAUCUGGGCUUCUCCAUGAUGAGCCGCGCGACCUUCGGCAUGUACGGCGCCUGGUUCGUGGUUAUGCUCAAAUGCUUCGUCAACUUCAUCUUCUUUGGGAUCCAAGCAUACUGGGGUGGACUGGCGGCGAGCGUGGUGCUCUCGUCGAUCUUCCCAUCGUUCCAAAACAUGAAAAACACCUUGCCGUUGUCCUCCGCCAUCGAAACGCCGCAGCUUAUAGGCUUCGUCAUCUAUAUAUGCAUCUUCACGCCAUUGAUGUUCGUCCAUCCUUCUCGGCUACAGCCGGUUCUCGCGGUAUCUCUGGUCACCACAUCGUGCACGGUUGUUGGAAUGUUCAUCUGGGCACUUGGACAGAACGGCGGAGCUCCUAUCUUGCCACCGGACGUCAACAUCUCCUCAAGCGAGCGCUCGUUUCAGAUUCUGCGAGCUAUGUCUUCUGUGGCUGGCUCGUGGACGGGAGCAUGUAUUCGACAGUCUGACUGGACUCGUUUUGCGAAGACCAGGAGAGCGCCCGCCGUACACCAGCUUGUCUCGGGCCCGCUCACUGUGACCGUGUGCGCAAUCAUCGGCGCAUUUGCUACCAGUGCGAUCUACGACAUGUACGGCGAAUUAAUAUGGAACCCCAUUAGCGUCUUACAGUUCCUCCUGGACCGCAACUACGACGCUUCGUCAAGAGCUGGCUGCUUCUUCGCGGGCAUGGGUUUCUUCAUCUCGCAAAUCGCGACGAACCUUGUUCAAAACUCGGUCUCUUGUGGAAUGGACCUGGCGGCCUUAGCUCCUCGUUGGAUUGAUGUGACUCGUGGCAGUCUCAUCAUGUGUCUCGUUGGCUACCUCAUCCAGCCAUGGAGGUUCGUCAAUGCACCGGGCACGUUCAUUACUGUGCUCAGCAGCUUCGGCAUGUUCGUCUCUCCGCUUGCCGGAAUCAAUGCAGUUGACUUCUGGCUCGUUCGGCGCAUGCGCUGGAGAGUGCCGGACUUCUACAGAGGCAAAGGUCAGAGCAUCUACUGGUACACUUCAGGACUGAACUGGAGAGCGUUUCUGGCUUGGACGCUCGCUGUGUGGCCAUCAUUCCCCGGCUUCAUCGCAGCAACAGGUGCAAUUACAGUCAACGUGGGCUGGGAGAGAUGCUUCUCUAUCACAUGGCUCAUUGGGUUCUGUGGAGGAGCUUUUGUCUACUAUGUUGUCUGCCUCAUCGCACCGCCACCCGGCAAGCCGUACCAGACUGUCUACAUGGAAGAUGAGGCGACAGCAUUCGAGGGCCUGGAAGUCAGCAGCGACGGGGAGAAACACCCCACAGCUAGCGUCAAGAGCGCCGGCGGGUCGUAA